GCGGAACCCCAGGCCGCCUGACACACGUACGGCGCUCUGUUCACUGCGCUGCUCCGAGCAACUCUGUCCUUAAUUUGCAGCAGACUUCGGGAAAUCCCCUCCAAGAGAGACCCGGAUGUUCCUCCACAAUACGCCGCAAAUUCUAGGGCAAGAAAGCUUGAGUGUGGUAAAGAAAAAGUUAGGUCCUUUUGAGCUUUUUUUUAUUGAUCUCAACGUAGAAACUCCGCCUCCUGUCUCCAUGGAAAUACAGCUUCACAAGCCGUGGUCACCAAGGGCGGAGCUCAGAUCCCCUCCUCUCCCGAGUUGGCAACGGCUCCCAGGUUUGGAAUAAGCGCUGUCCCCACUUCUUCUAGGUUAUCAUCGUUCCUCUUCUCGGCUCCUGUCCUGCUCAGCUGUCCCUUCGUGCCCUGGACCCCACCCCAGCCCCCCGGUCCGGAGCCCGCUGUCCGGCGCGUCCUUCUGGGGACUGUGCGCCCGGCGUCCGGACUUGGCGCGCCCAGCUGCGCCCCCUGCCCGGCCAGUCCCCCGCGGCGCUGAUUGGCGGCUCCGGCCACCCCCGCCCCGGGCCGGUAGGCGCUCGGCCCAGCGGAAAGUUCUCUGCGCGGCCGGGAGGAAGUUGAGCCUUUGGAGAGUCUGAGAAAGCCGUUCCGAAGGUUGCAAAGGGCCUGGUGGCCAUGGAGGAGCCCCCUUUGCGCGAGGAGGAGGAAGAGGAGGACAGGGACGAGGGGGGGCCCGAAGGGGCGCUGGGCAAGAGUCCCUCCCAGCUGACUGCGGAGGACGUCUACGACAUCUCCUACAUGAUGGGCCGCGAGCUGAUGGCCCUGGGCAGCGACCCCCGCGUGACACAGCUGCAGUUCAAAAUCGUCCGAAUCCUGGAGAUGUUGGAGGCGCUGGUGAACGAGGGCAGCCUGGAGGCGGAGGAGCUGCGGAUGGAGAGGGACAGCCUGAGGAAGGAGGUUCAGGCCCUGCGCACAGGGGACCCACCGGCCAGCGGGGAGGUGAACCUGGGGCCAGACAAAAUGGUGGUGGACCUGACAGACCCCAACCGUCCCCGCUUCACGCUGCAGGAGCUGAGGGAUGUGCUGCAGGAGCGCAAUAAACUCAAAGCGCAGCUGCUGGUGGUGCAGGAAGAGCUGCAGUGCUACAAGAGUGGCCUGAUUCCACCAAGAGAAGACCCAGGAGGAAGAAGAGAAAAAGGUGCCUUGGUUGACAGGACCAGCAAUGCCAGCAGUAACAAGGAGGAGAAGACGAUCAUAAAGAAGCUAUUCUUUUUCCGGUCAGGGAAGCAAACAUAGGCUAAGGCAGCAACUGUCAAUCUUGAGAAGACAACCCGCCAAGAAGACUCUGGAAUUUGUCUGUGUGCCACACGUAUGUACUCAGCCGGCUUAGAUGCUUCCCCCUCAAAGCAGUCUGAGGAGGAAGGACGUGAGGUUUCUUCUGGGAUUCUCUUCUUCCCUGGCUACAGAACUGGUGUGCCCUCUGAAGGUAUGACCAGGGCAGGUGAGGAAGCCCAAAGAAGUCUCAAAAGCAAGAGGAAAGUGCAAUGAGAGCCAGCUCCUGUCCCCACUUCACCUGCCCACAGGGCUCUCCGGAGUGCUGACGUGCGUCCAGCUAACCCGGGCCUGCAGGUGACCUUGGACUCUAAUGUCAAGUGGAAAAGGCAUCAGUGGAAAGCGAGAAGGGAGAAAAUAAAGUGGGAAAAUACGAUAUCGACAUUCCCACGGUGACUUGACUGCUAUUUCGUGAAUAUUUGAUUUUGCUAAUGUGACUUUCUUACAUGAUUUUGUAUUAAAGUAAAAUGACUUUUAUACUU